ACCCGCCGCCCGCCAUACCCGCCCACCAUCGAUCCGUCCCGUCAUCUCCAUCGCAUCGUCGACUAGGUGGCCCUGUGCAUUAGUCAAAGAGCCAGUCAAGACUAGAGAUGCCCUAACUGGCUGCCAAUCCCUUUCAGGCUCCUGCUUCUUCCAUUUUCAUCAACAAGCCCCCCCCAUUCUACGGAGCUUUCCCCGGCCGACAACCUAGACCCUCAGCGACCCCCAUUCAGCUUCCCGCUUCUCCGCUCUUCCAUCUCGCGAAACCCGAAUUACCAAACAACAUGGCCGGCUUUCCUCCACGGAACCAACACCACAUCCAGCCCGAUGAAGGCUACUCGGAAGACCCUCUGAAUCCCCAGGCCAAUUCCUCCUGCCUCAAAUCCCGCGACACCUCUCCUUGCCCCCAUCCAUCGUCGCGCCAAGCCUCGGACAUCCCACCCUGGCUGAUCCAACACAUCUCGGGCCUCUCCAUGGAAAACAAGACAGAACUCGCCAUGGCGCUCCUCAACGACCUCCCCACGAGCGUCAUCUCUCAAAUCGUCGAAACACAACUCUAUCCCCGACUGUACAUCGACUUUGUGCGCUAUCUCCCAGCCGAAAUAUGUCUAAAGAUUCUGGGGUACCUCGACCCCAUCUCCCUCAUCAAUGUCGCCCGCGCCUGCCGAGUUUGGUACGAGCUUGCCAUGGAUAGAAAGCUAUGGCAGCAUCUUUACUACAUGGAGGGCUUUAAGGCUCUGAUGGAUGAGAUUGCUGCCGCCGAAGAAAAGAUGAACCAGACUCCCAUACCCACCCCCAGCCAUCUUGAGCAAUACCGAUCCGAAGAAGACGGACAUGUCCACAAGAGGAGGGCCAUUGCCAAGGCAUCACCCCCCAUGUUGCCCGCUGACGAGGAUACCAAAAUGUCCCUGGGUGAUGAGCCUUCCGAUAUCGAUAUGGCGGGUUCGAGUAUCUUUGGUGGUGGUGGUUCCGGUGUAGCCCGCUCGCGGACGAGUGAGCACGGCGAUUUCAACGGGAGAGGUAGACGAGUGGACAAGGGAAAGGGACGGGCCAUGAGCCCACCGCCGCAGCAGUCUGCUACCACACGUUACAGAGACAGCAUGACUCACAAGAUCCCCGUCCUUCCCGGAACAUUGCAAAAGACGACUAUGUGGUGGUGGGACGCCAACGAUCGCCGAUACAAGAUCGACUGGAAGUAUCUGUAUACUAUGCGCCGGCGACUCGAGGCCAACUGGGAGCACGGCAAAUACACAAACUUCCAGCUACCCCAUCCGGACUAUCCCGACGAAGGCCACCGCGAAUGCAUCUACAGCAUCCAGUAUAACCCCCAGUUCCUCGUCAGCGGCAGCAGGGAUCUCACCAUCAAGGUGUGGGACAUGACGAGCAGACGUUGCUUGCGGACGCUCAAGGGUCACCGUCGCUCCGUUCUCUGUCUCCAGUUCGACUCGAGCCCGGACGAGGACAUAAUCGUUUCUGGCAGCUCCGAUUCCGAUGUCAUCAUCUGGCGCUUUUCCACCGGAGAAAUAAUCGAGGUGCUCCGCCACGCCCACCAGGAAUCCGUUCUCAACGUCAAGUUUGACAAGCGCAUCCUGGUAACAUGCUCCAAGGACAAAACCAUCAAGGUCUUUAACCGAAGGCCGCUUCGUCAUGGCGACCUGGGCUAUCCCAUCGACCAAGUCGGUACAACCGUCAAUGUAGGCUACAAUAUUCCCCCAGGUAUCGAGGACGCGCCUGUAAUAGCGCCGUGGACCAUGAUUGGCACCCUCAUUGGCCAUAGCGCGGCUGUCAAUGCAGUGCAGAUUCACGAAAGAGAAAUCGUUUCUGCCAGUGGCGACCGAUACAUCAAGGUAUGGGACUGGCCCACCCAAGACGUCCAACGUACCAUCAUAGGACACCACAAGGGCAUAGCCUGUGUACAGUAUGAUGGCCGGCGUAUUGUCAGCGGUAGCAGUGACAACGAAGUCAAGAUUUUUGAUUGCCAGACGGGUCUGGAGGUGACGACUCUGAAGGGCCACACGGCGCUGGUGCGGACAGUACAAGCCGGGUUUGGCGACCAUCCGUACAGCGUAGAGGAAGACUUGAUCAAAGCCAAGGAGGUCGACAAGGCUUAUUACCAGGCUGUGGAAGCAGGCGAGAUUGACGAAAACGACAAUCAGAGGACACGUCGCAAGACCAAUGCUGGCUCUAGCAAACCGCAGGACGUUUGCGCGACUGGAGCCAAGCUACCACCCGGCGGCGGCGGUGGCAGGUUUGGUCGUAUCGUUAGUGGAAGCUACGACACCACCAUUAUCAUCUGGAGGAGGGAUUCGGAGGGUGUAUGGCGGCCACAGCAUCACCUCAGACAUGAACAGGCUGCUGAAGCGGCUUCGAGACGAGACGACGGGCCGCCCGAUGUGCCUGGCAGGAUUCCACUGCAUCCAAGCAUGCGUUCUGGGUUGACUGCAGCGAGCAUGCCCGCGCCUACAAACCCUCACACAGCUGCUGGCUCCUCGCGGACCGCAAGUGCUCCUCCUGGACCCGUGGCUGGAAGGGCGCCCGAGCCACUGGACCCAGCUACCCUGCUUGAAUACGAGCAGAUGGUACACGGCGCUGUCCAAAGCGGCCCAACGGCUUUUAGAAAUCUUCUUCAGGCUCGCCCCGAGAUUAUCUCUCUACGCCACAUGGUGGACCGAGCGCUCAACCGGCAGUCCGACCCGAACUUGCGGGCUCAGUUGCGAACUGCGUGGACUGGUGCUCAUAUUCAGAAUCAGUGGAACCACGGUCGGACUCGAAGUGAAUUAACCCGCAACCAAGAAAAUGUCAUGGCUGCUAACGCUGCUGCUGCUGCUGCUGCUGCUGCUACUGGCAGCAACGGCGUCAUUGGGACCGGUACGGCAACGGCAACGGCAACGGCAACGGCAACAGCGGCAGCAGCAGCACUGGCGGCAGGAGCAGCGGCAGGCCAACCUGUUGUCACGCAAGUCUCGCUACCACAGGUGCCGGUUGCUCCAGCGGAUGCUGUCAUAGCAGCACCAGCGCAACAACCUCAGCUCCCGCCUAUGGCAGGUGGGCGUCAUCAUCCGCAUAUCCCCACAGCACCGGCUGAAGAAAAUGCGCCGAGGGUGUUUAAGUUGCAGUACGAUGCCCGGAGGAUUAUCUGUUGUAGUCAAACCAGUUACAUCGUCGGGUGGGAUUUCUGUAACGGCGACAAGGAGUUGGAGGAGGCUAGUCGGUUCUUUGAUACCGUGCAGUAAUUCGAGCGUGUUUUAGGGGGCAAGUUUCUUCUGUAGUUUAGUACCCAGCUGUUUAGGACGGGACGUCAUUGUCAAAAGUUAGCCCAGUUUGGUAGUACAGAUUGUAUGGAGCACAGGCGUUGGAUGGUUAGUGCCAGGUCACAAGAUCAUGGCAAGGAGUCUUGUUAUUUUUGCGAACGCGCAUCAUUGUUAUUAGGUAUUGUUUACGAACUUGACGAUAGUCGUGUUGGCUAUUCUCAUGGAAUUUAGCCAUAGAGCAGGGCAGGGUAUGUGCUCAAUGGAAGUGUUGUUAUCUGUAUUUGAAUGCUU